GCAAAUAGGACUAGAUUGAUUUAGGAUAUUUGGUCAGCAGACACAAGACAAACGUGUCAGUUCCUGUGCUGUAUAAUACUGCCAUUAUAUGACUAUGAUGAAAAGCUUUCGCAACGAACAACAAAGCAGCGUAAGAUCAAGACAGGGAGACACCUCUGCUGCUAGCCCCAUGGCAAAGUGAUAGUGGUGAUUGUGCUCUUGCCCCAGAGUCAGAAGGUUGGGGGUUUAAAUCCUACUUCCUGAGGUCGAUGCCAUCUUUUGGAUAAUGAGUUAACCCAAGGACCCCAUGGGCCCUGUCAAGUGGAAGUACAAAGUACUGAAUUGGGGCAUUAUUUUAAAGAGAAGCAGUGGAAAUAGGUCUGACCAAUAUUCCUCAAUGGACAUUAACACAGAGAUAACGAGACCUUCUUCUGUACAAAUAAGUUUCUAUCCCUGGCAAGAGUGACAUUGUUACAAUAUAUUUAAAAGGACAAACUGCAGAGUAGGCCUUUGCAACCUAACGAUCCCAUUGGCUAGACCCUGCUGUUUACAAUCCGGCUGUCCAAUCGAAGACUGGUGCUAGCUCUGUCCAUGGCGAUUGGCUAACGGUCGCAGCGCAAUGUCCAAUCACAGCGUCACAACGCGCAGCCGCAUUCCAAGAGGGCCAAUCAGCGAUGGCGGAUCCGCGUGUAUUGGCCAAUCGCCAAGGAGCCAGCCUGACGGAUGUUGGACCAAUCGGAGGAGCGGCACAGUUGGGGAAUUGUCCAAUGGGCAGACAGAGCGGUGGGUUUGUGACCAAUGGGCGUUGGGGAUGGAAAGGGCGCCAAGAAUUGUCGGUUGAAGCUCGGAAUCGCGGCGGUUCCGGGACAGUGGCGGAGCCCGUAUUGAGGGCCUUUUCCCUCAGACUCUAGGAGCAGCGAGUGCCAGGCCGUAUCCGGGGGGGGUCGGCCAUGGUUUCUCACAACAUCGCUUUCCUGGUGGACACGGCGGCGGAACCUGGCUUGGUGCGCCGGGCCGCUCUGCGAGUGCUGCUGCACUCGGCCUGUGGCUCCGGCCUCCACAACGUCCGCUGGGCUUUCAAACUCUUCGACCCGGCGGCGGCGAGGGCGAGAGGCCGCCGCGGCUCCCGGGGUCACGGCUUCAGGGAGCUGCGGCUCCGGCACCUUGAGGAGCUCGAGGAGGCCCUGAGCCGGGCGGCGGCGGAGCGGGAGCGGGGGCCCGCCGUCGCCUCCGCCACUCAGACCGCGUUGAUCGAGGCCUUGUCGGACUAUCAGUGGGACCGGCCGGACAUCACCUCCCCCGCCAAGUCCCGCCGGGGGUCAGGAGCUGAGGCCCCGCAGCCACGAGCUCGGAGUUCGCUCUUCCUCUUCGCCCCCUGCCCGCACUCCCGGGAUCAGUUACUCGGCUUCCUACAGCUCCCCGCUAGCCACAGCUGCCAGCAACUGGCCGAGAAAAUUAUCCCGGCUUCAGUACGGACCCUGCUGUCCAGCCAUUCCAUCGCCCUCCAUUGGGUGGACACCCAGUGCCUCCAGCAGUUCGUUGGAACGUCUGAUCAUAUUGGGUAUAAAGUCGUCUCUGAAGUGAUGCACUUAGUUGGUGGAAGUUUAAUUCCCUUUGCAGCUUUAAUGCAACUUUCAGUUAAUGACUCUGCAUUACUAUUGGGCAGAACUUCUCAAGUUGGUCAAAAGAAGACUGCUUUUGAGAAGAAUGGAGUAGUUAAAAAGGAAUUUGUGAAACUGAGGAAAACAGUAGAAGCUGUCUUUCCAUUUGAUUGCAGUAUGAAUUACUUUGUGAACGCUGAAAGUUUCUAUCGGAAGAUGUUUCCUCUUCAGCAAGGAUUGCUGACUAUCUCACAAGGGGAGAAGGUAGUGCACUGUCCUGUCACUUUGGAGCCAGUUACUUGUCAGAAAAACGUAACUGUGCCCAUGAGCAUCAUCGUAAAAGGAGCUGUCAAAGAUUGGGAUCAGCAAAGGACUAAUCAGUUGUCAAGACAUGCUUGGAUUCUACAACGUGCUAAACAAAAGGAAACAAAAGAGAAUUAUUUUCUUCAACGACUUCUGGAGCAAAUGACCUACAAUGAUAUAUAUCUGGUUGUUGAUGUGGAGAUAAAUAAUUGUUUGCCCCCGUGUACAGGACUACUGUCUCCCCUACUUAGUGGCACUGCAGUGCUUACAUUAAUCUCUCGGGAACAAGAACCAGAGUUCGAAGAGCUUCUUUUGCAGGCUGAAGUAACUGAGAGCAACCAGACAAUGUCGUUGGAGGUCAUGGAUGCUGUAGACCGAGCAUUGACUCUGUCCUCUGAUUUUGCUGAACAUUUACCCAGUUCCGAAGUUACUCUUCCACAUUGGGUACAACUAGAGCUGGCUGAGACUUCGCAACAAAGGAUUUCUUUUGCUGAAGGCUGGUUUCCAUUAUCUGAGUUAUCAGGACCGAGUUCUACUCUAAUGAAAUCAUUCAGGUCAAUGCAAGGAGUUGAUGAGAAAGCUAACGUGGACUAUGAAACCUCCCUAACUAAUCAGUUAGCUGAGUUCUACCAGAAGAAAUCUGCAGAUGAAGCUGAAGUUGCAGACCAUGGGGUAAAAAGAAGACAGCGUGGUCCUCGAACCCCUGUUCGGCAGAGGAUGAGGUCAAUGAGUCGCUCUCUUCAGAUGUUGAAUGUCGCUCGACUAAAUCUUAAGGCACAAAAAAACCAACCAGAUGGGAUGCAACUCUCCAUUGGGGAUGAGCCUGUGCAUCAGCCCAAGAUGCAUUUGGGGAACAAACAAAAAUCUAAAAGAAUUAAGAACAUUACUGUAGAUUUUAAUAGCGAAGAGGAGAUGAUGUCCAGUUUGAAAGAAAAUUACCAGAAACAUGUGGCAAAUGGAUUGUCCCAGCUUAGUUUCAUACAGAAUACAGUCUUAGUCAUUAAAAUGUACCUGAAAUCUGCAAACACUAAUGUUCAUGAGACUACAUGUAUAAAUUUGAUUCGAAUGCAAUUACUGAAGAGCCCUAAAUCCAUUCGGCAGCAGUAUGGAAACCAGGAGAAUAAGGAACUCAAAGUCAGAGAUUGCCAGCUCCAGGUCUUGUUACGCUUAGAGAUGUUCCAGCAGUUUCCAUCGUUGCAGAGUGACAGUGAACAGUUGGAACAGCUUGUGGAAGAAAUGACAAAUUUGCUGCGCAUCAUAUCUCUAACAAAAGACACCACCUUUCUUGCCAAAUUUCUGGAAGAAGAGAUCUUAAACCCGUAUUUGCUUACAGUGCCAAAGAUAUUGGGUGAGCUAUACUAUGGAUUAGGACAGAAUGUCCCAGCACAACUGGCAGCAGUGCUUCCUGCUGACUUCUUGAGUGAUGAGUCCAUGAGCCAAAACACAGAGUCACCUGACAUGCUGGUGGCCAUUGAAGCAAACUUUGGAAGUUGUGAAGGAGAGCAGUUGGAAGAACUACGUACAAGAUCAUCUCAAAAGAGAAGGAGCCUUCGCUUGACAAGGCAUCGGAGCAUAUCUGAGGUUUCUCAUAAUCUGCGACAAAUUCAAAUACCAAAGAAAUCUGUGGAACUGCAGGAAAAUUUACAGUCUCGCUUCCCCAUUGCUAUUGAACACCCAGUAUUACCUUCAUUACCUUCACAAAAGGAAUUACAAGAGGUGACAAAAGUGCGAAGGAAUCUAUUCAAUCGGGAAAAAUUGUCUCCAAAGAAAAAGCUGAAGAUGCCAAAAAGCUACUCUGAAUCUGUGGUUGAAGGGGCGAGACACAUGCACAAUAAAGAAAAAAAUAGCAAAGGACAUCGGAAAUUACUGACCAGGAAGGUGACUGAGACACCUCUUCAUAAACAGGUGUCACACCGGCUCCUGGACAAACAGAUUAGAGGGAGAUGCUCAGAGGCUGGUUCUGAUGUUAGUAUUGUUAAGGAAUCUCCAGAGAGAGCUCUAUCUGCUGAUUGUAUUCUAAGGAGGAGCCCACGCAUCAGGAGGGCAUCUCUUGCCAAGAGUCAUUCUACUUCUUUUUACUCUGGUUCAUGCCCAAAGUCUCGGAGUUUGGAGCGAGUACAAUCCUUGUCACAUAUACAAGCAGCAAAAACAAAAAAAACAGACAAUCAAAACAUCCAGUCUCCAAAUCUGCUGCUUUUUGGUGCUGUGCUUGGACAUCUCAGUCCGAAAGAGAAGCAGUCAUCAAAGGGCUGUUGUUCAGACUCUGAGAGCUUAUCUGCAGUUCAGACUCCAAAACUUACUCCCGAGAAACAUCUGAUCUCCCCAGACAAGAGCAGAGUCAUACAAAAGUCCCCACUAAUAUCCCGCUAUUUGACACACAAGAAGGGUGUAAGCAUCUCCAAGAGCCCAACAACAAGAUUUAGCACCAUUAAUUACGCAAGUAAGGAAUCUUCACCAUGGAAAUUGAUAACCGAUUCAUACUUUCAGUCACCUAGGCGAAGUGAGCGUCUGAAUAAAGAAACACCUAACAAAAAUAAGUCAACUUGGAAAAUGGAAGUUCAGUCCCCAUUUAAAUCCCCUGACAUGGUGAGUGGCCAUUUGAUGUCAUCACCUUAUAAGGACCAUUCACCAGUUAAAUUGUCUUCCAGACGGAGUGAAUGCUUAAUGUCACCUUGCAGAAAUAGUUCAACUGUAAAUGUUUUUUUUGCACCUUCAAAGACUUUAGAAUUGGUUUCCCAAGUAAAAACACCAAGGAAAUAUUUAUCCCUAUUAAACAGUCAAGAAAAGAUAUCAAGAAAGCGAUCUCAAUCUUAUUCGGUUAAUAGUUUGAUAAAAGAUGAAUCAUCAAUUCCAUGUACACCACAUAAAAGAAAGUUGAGGAGAUCAAAGUCUGAAGAUUCAUUCAUCUCUCACACUGCAGUAAAAUGUUCUGUAGUUUCUCCACCAAAAGUAUCCAUGUCAAAACUUUGGAAGAGGAUUGCUGAUACUUCAUGCUUACCAGAUCAGGGCAGAUCUUGGAAAUCAAAUGAGAGCACAUCUACACAGAGGAGUAGCUGGGAAGCCAGUUUUCAAACACCGCUGAAAAGCUCAGUGACAACGAGAUCAAUGCAUAACAUACUUACACCAGAUAGACUCAAUGCAAUGCAGUCUAAAAGUCCAGUAAGAACAAGAGUUGGAUUUCAUGUCACCCCAUCAAAAUCUAAGAUGAAGACACCACCAAAUUGUACUGUAACACCACCUCAAAACUUGGUGCGGACACUAUCAGUGUUCAAUGAAACACCAUUAAAAUCGAAGUUGAAGACGCCAUCAAAAUAUACUGGAUCACCACCCAGAAGCCCAAUGAGGACACGAUCAAUGUUCAAUGUUACACCAAUCAAGUUUGAGUUGACUGAUCUUUCUAAACAUCCUGGAACACCUCCACAACCCAAAUCACCAAGAAAAAAGACUGGGCUUAAUGUUGCACACUCAAAUGUUGAUCAAACGAUGUCAAAAUAUAAUUCAACACCACCUAAAAGCCCAACUGCAACAUUGUCUCCACAGACAUCUAGCUCAACAUCUACACAUCUCAAAACCUCAAGAAGAAAUUCUGACCUUAGCAUUAUAACUUUCAAACAUGACCUAAGUACACUGUCUAAAUCUAAGUCAAUCCUGUGUGCAUCACCCAAACCAGAAUCUAUGAUUGAAGCAGAUGUUGAAUCAGUGAAAAUGCCAGGAAAGCUUGCCACCUCUAUGACCAGAUUAGACCAAAUAUUAAAAACCCCAGAGAAAGAUAGGAACACAACUUGCAAUGUACAGAGAAAUACACCAAAGAUUGUGAAGACAUUUGGUGAGGCGAGUCAUGUCUUGCAAGAAUCCAACUUGUGUGAGAGUAUACCACAAAUAACAUUUGAAAUUUGUGACACCAAUGAAAGCUCUGUAUCCAAUGAAACCAUAUCUAACAGUCGGUCUGCAGCAAUGAGUGAUAACUCUGGGAAGGACUGUCUUAAUGCUGUUGUAGGAUUAAAUACUUCAAAUUCCUUCCUUCACUCUUCUCAGAACAUAGGUUCUGAACCUGAUUUCAGUGUCAAUUUGAUAAAUGAGAGACUGAAUUCAUCUUUGGAUAGAGCAACAGAUGCUGGUGCAGCAAACUCUCCAGUGAAGUACAGUAAAGACAUAUCUCAGGUUAGGCUCCUACAAAGUGAAAGCUCUGGCUUGAAAAUGAAGUUUGCUGUGCUCAGAAAAGGGUCUGAUUCCAGUGUUUCUAACUCUGUAGUUACUACUGACAUUCCCUUGCUUCAAACAAAAUCCACAUCUUAUGAAUUCCGCUGGACUCCAGACAGGAGACAGAGACUAGCAGCAGCACGGCAACAGAUACCUGACUUUCCCACGAAAAUCUCAACUCCAAAGGGUCGGAAUUGGCCACCAAUGCCAACUUAUGAGGUUGAGCUGGAAAUGCAAGACUCUGGACUUCCCAAACUCCGAUUCAAACGGACCAAUUCUAGUACAGUGACUAGUCCACAGCUGGAGCAAUCUGUCACCAAAAGUAAUGGCAGUCCCUCCUCCAUGUGUGUAAAGAAGGAUGGAUGUGAAAGCCCAUUAGAUGAGAGAAAUGCACAGCGCUGUGUUAAGCAUUCGGGAAAAAUGGACGGAGGCCAUAUAUCUCCAUCAUUUUGUUUCCAUUAUUCCCACAAUACUCCAGCAAAGGCUACACCCAGAAAAGGUGGGGUCCAGACUUUUAUUUGCCAGUCAUAUACACCAACCCAGUGCUCCUCUAAUGCUGCUUCUCCGUCUCAAGUGGAUUUAGGAUUGGUCCCUUGGACACCUUCUCCCAAACACAAAGCGAGACAUUCUCAAACACCAGAUGCUAUCAAAAACUGGCCACGGAAGAAGAAGGCAGCCACAACCCCACUUAGUGCAAAGCAGCAGAAAGGAGAGAAUACAAUUAUACAAAAUGAUGAUAACUUUUACACAGAGAACGACAGUAACAAAAUCAUGCCUUUGGAGGAGAUUGAUAUGGAAGGAGUAUGUAGGUUACAAGAUAAUUCCCCUACCAUUGAAUGGGACGAAAGGUUUCCAAAUAGUCCAAAGGAAAAUUUUGGCCUUCGGUCGAGGAAACGAGGGCAUAAUUUUAUCUCUACCACAUCAGAAGAGGGAAAGGAAGCAAAAAGACCAAGGGAGGCAAACUUCAGAACAACUACCUCUUCAUAUACACAGUUUGCUUUGGAAGAAGUGCAAAAGGAACGGUCUUCACCUAAUUCUUUCUCUCGUUUCUGUAAUACCUUCACAUGCCAGCGUUCAGUUGAAGAUGAGAAGAUUUUCGAUAGUCCAGCUGGAACAUCACCAAGCUGUAAAGUUAAAUCAACCCUGUCUGCUAGCAGCCUGUUGGCACUCACUCAGUCACCUUUGUUGUAUACUGGGAGAACGCCUGCAAAGAAAAGAUCUGGUACAAGAGAUGCUACGCAUGAGGAUUUACAGACUGAUAACCUGGCUAGCAAGAGAAUGACAAUCGCUGGUGACACUGACCAGGAUUACUCUCCUUUCGCCAAAGUGCCUGUUCGUCGUUGCAUCACAAAAACAUACUCCAGAAAAAAAUUAAUCAGUUAAUGCAAGCAUCUCAAUCUUGGCUUUAUCUUCAACUUGCUUUGUUAUAGUUCCUUUCUGUGAAGAUGUAUGAUAAGAAAUGCAGUAAAUAUUUAAACAGUGGAAACUGCUUGUGAUUAUCGUGGAUGUGAAGUGGCACUUGAAGUGGAGAGAGAAUGCAGCACUACAUUCUGUGUUCAUAUGUUAAGGCUGACUGAAUGUUAAAAUUUCAUGUAUUUAUGUGUCAAACUUUGUUGGAUUUUUAUUUGUAUUAUGGGUGUGCAUUGUAAUUGAACCUUGUUUUAUGUCCCAAAGUGUCAGUGCAAGCUGGCUGAGACAACCAAGAUUAAUGGAAAGCAAGGCUGAACAUCCAUGCUUACAUGCUAUGGGCCAAUUACUAGAUCUUUUCCACAAAGUGUCAAGCAUGUGAAAAGAGGGAUUCAUUCUAGAUAUAGAGCUAAUGUUAUGUGUUGGAAAUAGUCAGUUCAGUGAAGUUCCUUUAAGUAUUAGGGAGAGGGUAGCUGUGCAGUUGCUGAUAAGAAGGUUAAUAUUCUGGGAAGAUAAAAUUGAAUGGGCUGUAGGGCCAUUUUGAUCCAACUUGUGAGAUCCGUAUUAUUGCAAGUUUUAAAUAUUGACGUUAGGUCGAUUUGCAGUAAUUCAAGUGGUGUCAAUUUAGUACCUUCAAGGUUUGUCUUGGCUUGUGUUUAAACUGCCAAUGCUUAUUUUAGAGCAUCAAUGUGAAAAUAGACAUAGAAUAUUUCAAAGCAGCUAUCUUUGGAUAUCCAUUUGCUCAGACUUUUAGGGUUAUUAAUCCAGCACUAGACAUGCUUUCAGAGAAAUGUGGGUGUUCUUUAUCUUAAACUAUUUAUUUCUGUUCCUCACAGGGUAGAUAGUUUGAGAAGUUCAGUUACUACUUAACUCCAGUUUAUAAACAAAAAUUAUGGAAUGUUUUCUGAAGCUAACUCUUGUUGAAGGAACACCUGUUAGGUGUUGUUAAAUCUCUUCAAUGUAAUUUGAUCUUUUCAAGUGUUGCACUUCUUGGCAGUUGUCACUUUUAAUUUUAAAUGCAUUUCACAGAACGGAAUUGCAGAGAUGCUGCUGGCUUUUAGAUUUGUGUUAAAUACCUAAAAAGAGGGUAUCUUGAUCCAUGUGGUAGGAAUGUGGACUAGCCACAUGAUGUUGAAUGCAGAUCACUGGGUGAUGUUUCAAAUUUUUAUUAAAUAGCAAAUUGCCUAUAAAGUUUUACAAAUUUUGGGGUGUGGAUGUAAAAAUGAUGUAAAGUGUUUUUAAUUGAAAGCUAUUGAAACAUUCUGUACAGUUAUUUGCUAAAAUAAAUGAUGAAUUUAUCACC